UUGCGUGCCGUUGAAUAUCUUAAUGACGUUUUCGAUCAAGUGCCAAACUUUGAUGAAUUGUUGCAGUUGUCUGUAAUCGAAUUAAUCAGAAAGGAUUGUAGAAAUAACAAUACCAAUAGGGGAAAAUAUAUUCGUUGUAUCUUUGAACUACUGAAUGCAGCGUCUCAUUCUGUUAAAUACGAAGCCGCUACUUCAUUAAUGGCUCUUACCCACGCCCCCGCAGCUGUUAAGGCUGCUGCAUCCUGUUACAUUGAACUAAUAAUUAAAGAGUCUGACAAUAAUAUAAAAUUAAUUGUUUUGGAUCGGCUGGACGAACUGCGUGAAAAACAUGAGCAAACUUUGGACGAUCUGGUGUUAGAUAUACUGCACAUUGAAGUUAGGCGCAAGGCAUUACGUAUAGGUUUAGAGUUAGUUUCAAGUCGUAACGUUCAAGAAGUUGUAGUGUUCUUAAAAAAGGAACUCAGCAAGACCCUUGAUCAAGAUUAUGAAAAG